UGAUAUUCUUGUCCAAAUGCGCGAAGAUGAAAAUUUUUGUCUGUUCCAUGUGUAGCCAGUUUAAAAAUACUCAAAAGUUUCAGAUCUUUCUUUUAUGUUACAUCAAUGAUUAAAAAUGCAAGAAAGUGGAGAGAAAAAAGUAAAUAUUAUGUAUCAGAAAUAUAGAAAGCUUUUAACUGGUACUUCAUUGCCUAAGGGACAGAAUAUAACUUUAGUUGAAUUGGGUGACCUUGUACAACAUUUUGAUGAAUUUCUGGAAUCACUUGAAGAGUCACAAUUAGAAAAAGAAAAUGCUAUCAUUUCAAAUUUAACUGAGCUCAUUGUUGAUUUUGGUUCAGUUCCUAAGUUUGAUCAUUUUGAAGAUAGAGAUUAUGACUCACAAGACUUCCCAUACAUUGCUGAAAAUGCAGUAAAAUGUUUUGAAUGCCUGAAAGUAAUGCUACCUAAAAUAAUUCAGCUGAAUAAUUCUGGAAGGUGCCAUUUCCUGAUUCGUGUUUUAAUACUUUGUGGUACACAUAACAAGCAAUAUUUCUGGAGUAGUAAGGAUUCGAUUUCUGCAUGUAAAGAUUUUCAGAAUGAACUUUUGAAAUAUCUGAAAUAUAAAGACUUACAUAGUCUACUCUGUGAUGAUGCAUUUUACCCAACAAUUUUUAAAGGAAUACUUAAAACAAUGAGACCGUCUUUGUUGAAAGAAACAUGGAUGAGAAAUCCAAGUUGUUGCUUUGUCUUCUUUUGGAUAUUAAGUAAUGUUAAACAUCCUCAUUUAGUUGAUUAUAUUCAGGAUAUUUUUCCACCGCCUUUCAUGUUUACUUCAUAUUAUGCAAUCCCACAAAAAGUUAUUGGAAUUCGUUGUUUUGAUCACAUACUUGACAAUAUUCCACCAAGCCUUUUGAAACUGGAUGGGAAAGAGGAUGUCAUCUACCAUGUUCUUAAGCCUAUUACUUAUUCAAGAGAACUUCCUGUGAUUGAAGUAGUAUUUCCAUGCAUUUUAAAACUGCCUAUGAUGAGACAACAGAAGUUAAACAAUGCAGGUUGGGGAGAAUAUGAUGAAGUCCUUCUUAGGUUGCUUUUAAAUGUUUAUCUUGAAAACAAUGUGAAGCUGAGAAGUGUAUAUCUUAAUCACAUUAUAUCUUAUAUUGAAAUUGUUCCUCCUUUCAAGCAUUUAAAGCGGAUAUUAAGUGUAACAGAUAGACAUCUUUCAAUAAGUGAUGAUGCAGAAGAAUUAAAUCAGAUUGCUUGUCUAAAUAUAUUGAAAUCUGUUAUUAGGUCAUGCUGGCCAAGAAUGGAAAAUCAUUGUUUAGAAAUUUUAAUAUCAAUUUUGAAACUCAUUUAUGAUUUGGAAGCUAAAAGAGAAGCUAUGAAAAAAGAAGUGUGUGAUGAAAUGUAUAAUUUAUGUAAAGAAUGUGUCUGUCUAUUGAAGAAUGCAUGCUCUACAAAAUUUCAGGAUAUAGUUACUGAUUACAUUCAAGAAGAGAAUGGUCUACCAGGAGUGGAACUUAUAAAAGCUGUUAUGGCGAAAGACAGCUGAUAUUUCAUUAAAUGCAUAAUUCAAUACAAUUAUAAAUUCAUGUAAAUAUUGUAAAUUUUUUAUAUUGAAUAAAUUUUUCAUUUAAGAUUUC